AUGAAAGUCUUGGUCGUUGGGAAUGGCGGGCGUGAACACGCCCUGUGUUGGAAGCUCGCGCAGAGCCCGCGGGCCGAUAUCGUCUUCUGCGCCCCUGGCCACGCCGGCACGGCUCGGGAAACGGGUCUACCGAUCCAGAACGUCGAUAUCGCCGCUACCGACACGGCCCGGCUCGUGGAGUUCGCUAAGGCGAACGAGAUCGGCCUGACGGUCGUCGGCCCCGAGGCGCCGCUGGUGGCGGGUCUCGUGGACGCCCUACAAGACGCCGGGCUCAAAGUGUUCGGCCCCUCGAAGGUCGCCGCCGAGCUCGAGGGCUCCAAGGUCUUCUGCAAAGAGCUGCUCCGGCACGGCGACAUCCCCACCGGCGAUUUUCACACGUUCCGCACCGCCGAAGAAGCGGUGCUGUUCCUCAACGAGCGUGAGAGCCAAACCCUCGUCGUGAAGGCCGACGGCCUCGCCGCGGGCAAGGGCGUCGUGGUCUGCGACAACCGCGACGAGGCGCUGGACGCCGUCCAGCGCAUCGAGGUGAGCAUCCUGGCGAUUACGGACGGCAAGUCGAUUGUCGCUCUACCGGCAGCCCAGGACCACAAGGCGGCCUACGAUGGUGACAAGGGCCCCAACACGGGCGGCAUGGGCGCGUACUCCCCUGCCCCGAUCGUUGACGACGCCCUCUUGCGCCGCGUCGAGGAAGAGAUCCUCAUCCCGACGGUCCACCAUAUGAAGCGCAAGCGGCGCCCCUUCCGCGGUGUCCUUUACGCGGGCCUGAUGCUCACCAAGCAAGGCCCGAAGGUCCUGGAGUACAACGUCCGCUUCGGCGACCCCGAAUGCCAACCGGUACUGAUGCGGCUCAAGAGCGACCUGCUCGACGUUCUCGAGGCGACCGCCGACGGCCGGCUCGACGAGGCGCCGCCGAUGGAGUGGGACCCGCGACCGUCGGUCUGCGUUGUGAUGGCGAGCGAGGGUUAUCCGGGCAAUUACGAGAAGGGCCAUGUCAUCAGCGGCCUCGAAGAAGCGGCGAAGGUCCCCAACGUGAAAGUCUUCCACGCCGGCACUGCGUCGAUCGACGGCGACGUUGUGAACGUCGGCGGCCGCGUGCUAGGCGUCACGGCCCUGGGCGAAACGAUUCCCGCCGCAAAGCUCGCCGCCUACACCGCCGUGAAGGCGAUCCGCUGGCGCGGCGCCUGGUGCCGCAAGGACAUCGCCGACAAGGCGGUGUGGGAGGAGAAGGUGAAG